AUGCAGCCUCGCGUAUGCUUUUCUCUACACCAACUGUUGCUGCUGCUGCCAGUGCUUUUCGCCUGGGCCAUCAUUCUCGCAACAGACCAAUGCACCUUGGCAGCAACAGUCAAUCAAGGUGGUCAGAUACUUGAUAAUGAUCUCAGCAACGAGAGUACUGGAGACAUUGCGAAUAGUGGUCCGGAGCUCGCACGCAAUUACAUGGAUGCUUUGCUCGCCGACCCCGCCGCUGCGCGAACAAAGCUCUGUGGAAAUUUCACUAAGCGCAGCAAAGUGGCCGUCAUUUACACGUGCUUUGAGAGAAUGGAGAUGAUUCAAAAGUCGCUGCCAUCAGUAUUCCGCAGCAAGGGCAUUGAAGACUUCGACGUGUUCAUUUCACAAGACGGUAUCACUACUUCCAUCUUUGACGAUGAAACAUUCUCCAUUCCAAGCAACAUGCGCCACGUGUACAUCCACCAUCCAGUAAACCUAUGUACGGGACUUCACAUGCAUUUUGUUAAAUCGUUUGCCUUUGACAUCAUGGGGUACGACAUAUUAUUAAUUGUGGAGGAAGACAACGUACUUCACCCCCAGGCGCUUCAGCUGCUAGCCCGCAUGGCCGAGCUCUCCGUUGCGGAGGCGGAUGUCGGCGUUGUCAGCAUCCUGGACAUGGACAUGUCAGCUUUCCUGGAUGCGGGACGCUUCGGUGUGGGCCUUAUUCCGGUCCGGCCCACCACUGGGCACCUGUGGGUGUACGGCAUUCACCGCGUCAAGUACGACAUCAUCCGGCCGAUGAUGCAUGCCUACUAUGAUGUGAUAAAAGGCUAUGAUUACACAACCAAGCAUAAACCGCCCCUGAAGUUCAAGAUCGAGAGACUGUUGAUGCAGCAUGGCUUUCCGGCUAGCAGUCCGUUGUCGCAGGACCGUUUUUUCCUGAAUUCCCUGGCAAAAGCCAACUUCACCAAGCGCUAUCAAACGCUUUUCCGCUUCUUCGAGCCCAUCGGCAGCUACGGGUUGCACUUUAAGCAUAACAGCUCCUUCUUCCAAGGGAUGUUUGGACGGAAUAUGUACGCCGGUACGGUCGAUCCCCAAGCCGCUUUCGACGUUACGAAAGACCCACGAAACGUCGAAGCCAUCCGUGAUGGUGUACGGGAGCGCCUGACCAACCUUAUCAUGAAAUACCGGAAAGCAAAACCCUCCGAUGAGCUGGUCGGAAACACGUUCGACAGUUUAAUGGCAGGCCGGUUGCAAGGGCAAACUGUGGUCCAGAACAUUCAGGGGACAAACAAGGUGCCCCCUAGUCCUCCUCCUCCGCCGCCGCCGCAAACUGUUGUGGUGUGUACGACAAGCACGGGGGUGGUGUCUAACGGUGGUACGGCAAGGGAAGCUGCUGUUGCUGCUGCUUAUGGUGAUGCUAAGAUGAUGACGACGUCGAAACGACGACUAGAAUGA